UUUAUGUAUGUGAUUUCAUAAUUUUGAUGGGCCAAAAGUUAUAACCGCCAGGCUCGCUCAAUUGGGCAUGCAUGCCAUCAAUUUCGUUCAACGUUCAACUGCUCACCAAUUGUUUACAACCUCGACUUGAAUGCCUGAUAACAGGGUUGUGCUAGGGCCUCGUCAUGGCCAAUAACGCUAGCGCCACCCCACAAAAGACACCUCCCUGUAACUCUGCUUUCUCCGGUGAGGCUGAGCUCAAGUACACCUCCAAAGCAAUCGGUUUCAUUGUUGUCAGUGAACAUAACUGUACUAUAGGCGUUCAAGUCGAUGACAUACGGCCAUGGAUCGCGCAAGAUGUCCAUAAGUUCGGGAAAUGUAAGGCACACGCCAUACUGCAGAAGGUGCAGGCAAGGUGCACAGGCCUUAACCGUGUAUUCGAGCCUGAGCCCGGAUUUUCGGGCGAUGCGAUGGCCAAGGACACUCAAAUCGACCUCGAAUUGGACUUGAAGUUUGACAAGUGCAUGACUUGUAUCUGUAUGCGCGGACGUACAAUCAUUGUAUUUUCAGUUAAGAGCAAGGCACUAUCGGGUCUGCAGCUGGAUCGCCAUUUUGAACCCCCUGAGCUAGUUGCCAAGCUCUAUUGGCCAGAAGACACACAUCAGAGCGAGCCAAUUAUCUUCGACGAGGUCUGCAAGAUUACGCAAAUAAAUUCCGAUGCGUUGCGCCAUACCCCAGGGCUGGCCUUGUUCUACAAGUGUAAAAAAACAUCCACGUACAAAAUCAGCAUUGCACCAGGACUGAAGGAUAUCGACCAGGUCAAACCAGGCAGCCAUAUUUUGACAAUCAUCGCGUCCAGAAAGCUUAUCCCGAUCACAAUGCUCUCCGGCAAGGAGUUCCUUACCGCAUGGUGGCAAAUUGUGAAGUGCCAUCGCGCCCUCUGGAAGAUAGGUGUGCGUCACCGGGAUGUCAGCCCCAGCAAUCUCACAGGAUACCGCACACACGGUCAAUUCACAGGCAUCCUCAAUGACUACGACUUAUCGUUGUUUCAACGAGACAGUCCCAACAGCCUCGAGCGCACAGGGACAGUACUAUUCAUGGCGUUAGACCGUCUCAUACCAGAGUCCAUGGCAGGCAAGGUCGAGCACGUGUACGCGCAUGAUGCCGAAUCGUUCAUCUGGGUCCUCACCUGGAUCUGUCUUCGGUAUGAAGGGGGCAAACUCCUCAGCAAGAACAGACCACUAGAAAAAUGGCUGAAAGUGGAUGCUCGUACAUGCGCAGAGAAAAAGGCCGACUUUUUGUCAGGGAGGAUCAGAGACGUACGUCCAUCCGGAUCGCAUGAAGUGUCCUGGGACCUUGUAAAGAAAUGCUUCUUGGGGAUCCACUCGCUUUAUUCUCCAUUCGGGUGCCGCAAACUGGCCGAUCAAUCCGCGUUCGAGUUGUUGCUCGAGGACCCUAUGCAGGGGCAUCUGUAAGCAGACGGCUGGCUGGUUGUUUGUAUGGCAAGCAGGAUAUGUUCAUACGUCGUUGAGGCAGCCUCCGACUCGGAAAUUACGGGAUUAAGUUAUAAACUAAUCUGCAGCACAAUCGUACGCGAGAACAUGACUUUGUAAUGUCCACUAACGUUCGCCGCAUUCCUGUAAUUAAUUCAGCGGGCCCAAGAUUAUUUCUGAGCGUCAAUGGCGUCUUCACCCAAAGUUAUAUCAAAUGAUGUGGCAACGACUCUACAGCCACACCAGGCUAGUGUUGAUGUAUUUAAUUAUAUGGCACGAAUGGGG